AUGGGCUGUCACAUAUGUUCGAGAAGCGCCAGCACUCGUUCCCCACUCUACUGUCCUUCGUGUGCGCGCAGCUACCUCUACCUCUUGAGAUAUGAAAAUGCCAGGGUCUUGCUUGAGAAGGAAUCGAUCGGGCAGGAGAUUGAGGUAUCGGUAGCUGGUGAUCCUGAGGCCAACCAUGUGGACGACAAGUUGGCUAUCGCAGCCCACGAAAGAAGUCUACGAUGGACUAUCCAAGCUAUCCAAACCGAACAUGCUCAGAUGUCCAGUCGCGCGAAAUCUAUACGUGCCUGCGCCGACGCCCUCAAAGCUGAAAUACAACAAAAAACGGCUGAUGCGAAUAGUUUGAGAUCAAAUUUGAGGCAACGACGCUCUGAUGCCGAGUCUGCGAAAUUCCAACUGAGUGACCGACGUCAUCUCGCCCUAUCAAACAUCCAAAACGCGAUCAAAAGAAACGAACAUUUGUGGCAUUCGUUGCACACCAAGACCGCCGAAUCGAGAAUUUUCCUGUGUCGCGAGGCUGCAAAGCUGUAUCGUCUGCAGCAGAAAGUAAGGAGAAAGGACAAUACAAUCAUCGAAAGCUACUGGAUCGGAGGUACGCCGAUCAUUGACCUGAGAGAUUUAAAUGGAGCUAUGCCUAGCCAGAUCUCUACUUCUUUCUCGAAUGUCGCCCACCUCCUCGUCCUCGUAUCUCACUAUUUGUCCCUCCGGUUACCAGCCGAAAUAGUCCUCCCCCAUCGUAAUUAUGCCACGCCAAUGAUAUUCACACCUGCAGCAUCUUAUACAACAAGGGAGGUUAUGACCCCAGAAUAUAAGCCCUGGUACCCAGGCGGCAAUCCUACUCCGUCAAAAACACCUGAUGUCCGCAAACAUCGACCGCGCCCGUUGUCAGUUGAGAAGACACUACCGAGAUUAAUGAAAGAGGAACCUGCUACGUACGCCUUGUUUAUAGAGGGGGCUUCACUUUUAGCAUGGAAUGUAUCUUGGCUAUGUCGUACUCAAGGACUGCAGGUCGGCUCAGACACUUGGGAAACUGUUUGCAAUACAGGCAAGAGCUUGUAUCAGCUCCUAGUUUCUCCUCCUACCCAACAUCUCCAUGCCAUAAGGGCGGUUUCAAACCAUGAUCUUCAAUCAAAACUAAGGAUCGACAGUAAAUCGCCAAAAACUACUAUACAGCGAACGAAAUCCUUCCCCAUUUUCGGCCAUUACUCCCACGGCACGUCUCAUUCGUUUCUAGGUACUGCAGAAGGAAUGGAGUUUGUCAAGAGCUGGAAGCUGCCAACACCGACGAAGCUCGCAGACAAGCUCAAGUCCGCUCUUAUGGGUGAAAUGGCGAAUGCCGAAUGGGAACUGCUUGAGGAAACUGAGUGGGAUGAAACCGCUGAAAUAGACCAUCCUUCUCAAUCCCCUGUACCAACAUCUCUUACAACUGAGAUCAACUAUCACGAGAGCACCGAAGUACAAGAGACUUCCAAGGAUAUCGUCGAUAAAGUUGAAGACAAGAAUACUGAGCCCGCAAAAGACCGCAACUCAAAUCGUCCGAAAGGCACUAGUGGCUGGAUGAAACUAAAGAUCAGAUGA